AUGCUGAAGUUCAGCACCACCCCCCACUCAAGGUGUGUAGGCAUUGUGUCUGCUGUUUGUUGUUAUUCAACAGGACAUUGUGUAGUGUGGAGAGGGACACUAACCCUCAUCUUCUUUCUGCUCCUCAAUUGGCUGGUUGACAAGGGGUAAUAUGGUUAGUAUUGUGUGGAGGAAGAUGUUAACAAUGCUGUUAUUAAUUCAGUUUAUAUGUAUGAUUUUGGUGGUCUAAAGUGCUCUCUCUCUCUCUCUCUCUCUCUCUCCUCCCCUCUCUUUAUCCCUUUCUCUCCCUGUCUCCCCCUCUCUCUCUUUCUUUCUCCUUCUCUCUCUCCAGUCACAAUGAGCGGAAGGUGACCUGUAAGCAUCCAGUCUCUGGUCUUCCUUCACAAGACAACUGCAUCUUUGUCGUCAACGAACAGUAAGUCUCUUGCCAGUGGAAUGACAUACCCACAGCUGGACUUAUAUGCAUACACAUUAACCUAUAAUGUUGUGUUGGUCUCACCCCUGCAUCGUGUCCAUUCUUUAUGGCACAAGAUGUAUGUCAAAGUAUGAGUGGAAAUACAGGGACGUUUUUAACAAAUCACGUUCAUAUGAAACUUAUAAAACACACAGCUUUGUCCUACAGUAAUGCUUCAGGGUCCACAUUACUGUCAGAUCAUGUCACAGUAUAUUACGUAUUACAUUCUGUAGUAAAUUGGUUAUGUGGUGUUUACAUAAAUGUGAUGUAUUCAUACAGUAGUUGAGCAUGUAUUCACAAUGGCAUAUAUUCAUAGUUUGAGCUUUUAUGCCAUUGUAAAUUAACUGAGACGCUGUGAGAAGAGUGGCUUUUAUUUAAUAGAAAGUGUAUUGUACUCCUGGAGGCAUUGAAGAGUCUUGUGAUGUCUGAUCCAGAAUGCCAGACCUCCGCUUCACACAAAGCACCCUUCAUAAGAUGAAGAAACUAUGCCUCUGUCUCCCUUCUUUUAAAGAGCCAUUUAAGAAAUCACAGGGAAAUAUGAGUUUGGUUUGGGUUUAACUGCUUGUAGUUCAGCGAGACCAGAGACUUUUGAAAUGGAAGGCAGCGUUGCUACUUCACCAUUAACCUUCCCUUUUCUGUGGCUCAACUUAAUCUGAAGGAAAACGUGAGUGUGUUUGGUUCAACUGUGCCGUGGCUCAACUACAGAACACUUGGAGAGGAUUUGGAAAUGGAAGGUUGCGUUGCUACUUCUCCAAUCACGUUCCAAAACACCAACGGUAGAGAGAGGAUGGAGGAAGGAGAAGCGAGGGAGGAGGAGUAGAGAGGUCGGUCUUUGUGUGUGUUUACAUCUCUGAGUUCAGGCUCAGCGAGGCCUGUCAGAGCUGUCCAGACAUCCUCAACCUGAACAGACAGUGUUACCCAACACACCCUCCUCUCUCUUCUUCCCCUGCAAGCUGUCCUCCAGCAAAGUCAAUACCGGUUGCUGUGUGUGUGGCCACCUCCAGCCUGCAGUGACUAGUUAUGAACAGACCUGCAGACAGCUACGUCUUAGGUAGCUGCUAGGUAGCUAACCAGAGUCUGUACAAUAUACAAUUUGGUAGUACUAAAACAAUAUUGACAAAAUAUUGGUUUUGUAAGACCAACCACCACCGUAGUGAUAGUGGAGAAUGAAGAGGGACGGAGAGAGAGGGACGGAGAGAGAGGGACGAUACUGAGAGACAGAGAGAGAUACUGAGAGACGGAGAGAGAUACUGAGAGACAGAGAGAGAUACUGAGAGACAGAGAGAGAUACUGAGAGACAGAGAGAGAUACUGAGAGACGGAGAGAGAUACUGAGAGACAGAGAGAGAUACUGAGAGACAGAGACAGCUACUGAAAGACAGAGAGAGCUACUGAGCGACAGAGAGAGAGAUUGAGAAAUUGCUAAAACUUGGCAGCCAUUUCCUCACUUUACCUCAAAAACAAGGAAAUUAGGCAAUUAUAUGGUCCAUCUCAGAUGCAGUCAUGACUCAUUUUGAAUCCUAUUUUUCUUUGAGUCUGGAUGGAACGUUAAGUGUUGUGGAGAUUUGUAGUCUGUUGCUUCCUUCCUGGCUGUGCUGUUGAGUGACAACCCCCCUCCACUCUGCUCUGCACCCUGUCCCAAUUAUCCCCUCCGUCACACUCUCCUCCUCACACCUGGAUUCAAAUACCGUUUGAAAUCUUUCAAAUGUUUUAGCGUUUGCUUUAGCCUAGCUGGAGUGCCAGGUGGGAAUGGUUUGGACUUUUGUGAGUAUUCCAUUGGUUCCAUUUCGGAAGUCAAGCGUAAUCAAGCCCAUCUAAAGUAUUUGAAAUAAUUUAAACAACUAUUUGAACCCAGGUCUGCUGUUUUCUAUUAGCACCGCACUGAGGUGUCUGAGGAUGGUAUGCAAAUAUUCUCCUCAGUGUGUUGACUGUUAAUUGGAACUGAGGUGAGAAAGUCAAAUAUAACAGAUUGAGGUGUGUUGAUGACAGACAAAAAGGUUUGUGUCAAAGAGGGUCACCUCCGAUCACGAGAAUGAAAAUUGAAAAUAUGCUCUUACAUCAUAUCAAGGAAAUUUAACUUGUAUAAAGUGUUUCUUUCAUCUCAAACACCAACUCGACACCAACGCCUUCAUUAGGGUCCUUGGACUGACCAAGCCUCGACUGCCGGAAUGGGUUGGUUUUUCAUAAUAAAGACCCACUUUCUAUUCAACUCCUUGCAUGUUGUGAGAACGACAGAACAGAAUACUUCAAACAACAGAAAGCAAAUGAUGUGUUCGUUCUUCCCAGUGGAAAAACACAGCUUCACAUCCUGAUUAUCCAGCGAGCGUCGGCCGUGAGCAGAUAACAAAGCAAUGUUAAUUGGCUAGCCUUGUCACUCAGUCUCUCUCUGUGUGUCUCAAGGCUGUAUUAUCAAUCAAUCAAUCAAACUAAUAAAAUAUAAAAAAGGUGAGAAAAGAUAACACAUGAAACGUUUUUAUGCAAAUAUAAAAUCAAGAUGGACUUGAAUAAAAUUCAGAGAUAAAAUACAAUUGUAAAAACAAUAGUAAAAUAACAGUGGAUAUGAGAGACUAAUGCAGCAAUAAAUAUAAGGGGAUGUAAUAAAUCAUAUACUGUAUAUAGAAGGAGAUAAAAUGAAUAGAGCAUCCUCUGCUUUAUGACCAACACUGCAUUUUGAAAGAAGUGUGUUCGUUGAACUGAACUGCUGUCCCUGAAUCCUGGUCGACACUAUCACCGUUCUCCCUGGUGAUUGACACGUCAAAACUCCUUUUAUUAAACUCUAGUAUAAGAAUCUUUGAAAAUCUCUGAAAAGGAACGUUCUAGAAGAGAAUAGGGGAUAAUAAGUAAUCUACUUCAGAUAAAUGUCACCUCUCCCUCACCCACCUCCACCUUCCCUACAGACCUAAUAGAGGGUGUAAUGUGGAUGAAUGGUGUUCUGAAUUAAGCACUCCUCAUUGAUAAACAGCUUACACCUCUUCAACCCACACAUCCUCUCUCUCCCCCUAUCUACCUCUCUCUCAAUCUCUUUCCACUUGUCACCCACAGUCCCUCUCUGCCUUUCCGACUCACCCAUAUUCCCUCACCCUUCCUCUCUCCCUCUUUCACUGUCCUCCUCAUGCUUCAACUCUCCCUUUGUCCCUCCCACACCCAUACUCCCUCUCUCUCCAACUUUCUUCUCUCGCUCCCUCUCUCCCUUUCUAUCUCUUUCUCAAUAGGAUCAGUGCUCCUGGUAAUGAGUUAGUAAGUGUGAAAAACAUCUGCUUUAAUCUUCUUACACCUCAGGCACAAACCACUGAGCUCCACUUUAUAUCGCAGAAAUUUCACUUAGUGUUGGGUGUGCCUAAUAUCCAGACAAAAGAAAGUAUACAAAAGUUAACAUUUUAGUUUAUACCCUUUCACCAUUUUUCAUAUUUAUUGUAAUAUUUUCAAGUUUCCUAUUUUUCCCCAACUUUGAUGUCUUCCACUCUUUAAUGGAGUCUUUGAGUGGCAAUAUGUCACUUUUUGGGCGACCCGACCAAAUUCACAUAGAAAUGUAAGUUAUAGAUCUGUCAUUCUACUUGAAAGCAAGUCUAAGAAGCGGUAGAUCUGUUCUAUGUGACCUAUUUCUAUGCUUCCCGUUCUUAAGUUUUGUUUUUGCGUCUUUUACUUUCAGUUUUGUACACCAGCUUCAAACCGCUGAAACAACAAUAUAUUUGGUUAUGGAAAAUAUAUUUCACAGUGUUUUAGAUGGUACAAGGAUUCUCUACACUAUACUAGCUUAUUUUGUCACAUAAACUGAAAUUAGGCGAACCAUUAGAGUUUUAGCAACCAGGAAAUGGCGGAACGAUUUAUGCAUAUUGCAACUUUAAUGGACGUGUUUAUUCACAUAACUUAUUCAGCACUUAUAAUUACAUUUUAAAUGUCCUCCAUCUCUGCAAUGACCCUGGGCCUAAUGGAGAGGCCUUGCUUUCAUCAUCCAUCACAGCAGCAUUUACAGUGUCUUCAGAAAGUAUUCACACCCCUUGACUUUUCUACAUUUUGUUGUGUUACAGCCUGAAUUUAAAAUGCAUUACAUUUAGAUUUUUUGUCACAGGCCUACACACAAUAACCCAUAAUGUCAAGGUGAAAUUAUGUUUACAAAUGAAAAGCUGAAAUGUCUUGAGUCAAUAAGUAUUCAACCCCUUGGUUAUGGGAUGCCUAAAUAUGUUAAGGAGUAAAAAUGUGCUUAACAAGUCACAUAAUAAGUUGCAUGGACUCACUCUGUGUGCAAUAAUAGUGUGUAACAUGAUUUUGAAUGACUACCUCAUCUCUGUACCCCACACAUACAAUUAUAUGUAAGGUCCCUCAGUUGAGCAGUGAAUUUCAAACACAGAUUCAACUACAAAGACCAGGGAGGUUUUCCAAUGCCUCGCAAAGAAGGGCACCUGUUCGUAGAUUAGUAAACGUUUUAAAAGCAGACAUUGAGUAUCCCUUUGAGCAUGGUGAAGUUAUUAAUUAUACUUGAAUGGUGUAUCAAUACACCCAUUCUCUACAAAGAUACAGGCGUCCUUCCUAACUCAGUUGCCAGAGAGGAAGGGAACCGCUCAGGGAUUUCAUCAUGAUGCCAAUGUUAACUUUAAAACAGUUACAGAUUAUAAUGGCUGUGAUAGGAGAAAACUGAGGAUGGAUGAACAACAUUGUAGUUACGCCACAAUAUUAACCUAAUUGACAGAGUGAAAAGAAGGAAGCCUGUACAGAAUACAAAUAUUCCAAAACAUGCAUCCUGUUUGCAACAAGGCACUAAAGUAAUACUGCAAAACAUUUAUAAUUAAAUACAUUUACAUUUUAGUCAUUUAGCAGACGCUCUUAUCCAGAGCGACUUACAGUUAGUGAAUGCAUACAUGUUUUUUUUUUUUUUUUUUCAUACUGGCCCCCCGUGGGAAACGAACCCACAUCCCUGCCGGCCAAACCCUCCCCUACCUUGGACGACGCUGGACCAAUUGUGCGCCGCCCAUGGGUCUCCCGGUCGCGGCCGUCUGCGACAGAGCCUGGACUCGAACCAGGAUCUCUAGUGGCACAGCUAGCACUACCUUAGACCACUGCGCCACUCGGCAAUACAAAGUGUUGUGUUUGUGGCAAAUCCAAUAAACCACAUUACUGAGUACCACUCUUCAUAUUUACAAGCAUUGUGGUGGCUGCAUCAUGUUUUGGGUAUGCUUGUAAUCGUUAAGGACUGGGGAGUUUUUCAGAAUAAAAAAGAAAUGGAAUGGAGCUAAGCACAGGCAAAAUCCUAAAGGAAAACCUGGUUCCACCAGUCACUGGGACAUGAAUUCACCUUUCAGCAAGACAAUAACCUAAAACACAAGGCCAAAUCUACACUGAAGAUGCUUACCAAGAAGACAAUGAAUGUUCCUGAGUGGCAAAGUUACAGUUUUGACUUAAAUCUACUUGAAUAUCUAUGGCCAGACCAGAAAAUGGUUGUCUAGCAGUGAUCAUAAACUAAUUUGACAGAGCAUGAAGAAUUUUGAAAAGAAUAAUGGACAAAUGUUGCACAAUCCAAUAGUGGAAAGAGACUUAAAGACUUACUCAGAAAGACUCACAGCUGUAAUCGCUGCCAAAGGUGCUUCUACAAAGUAUUGACUCGGGGGGUGAAUACUUAUGUAAAUUAGCUAUUUCUGUAUUUCAUUUUCAAUAAAUUAGCAAACAUUUCUAAUAACAAUUGUAUUUAUAUUUUAUUCUGGCUGUAAAUGUGGAGUAAGUCAAGGGGUAUGAAAACUUUCUGAAGGCACGGUACAUUCUUCUACACUCCUUUUUUCACUUUCUACUUCCUGGUUCUCUUUCUUCCCUAUCGUCUUUCUCUCUCUUCCCUCUUCUCUGCCCUCUUGUUUUCUCGUGCUCCAUCCCUGUCCAUCAUCCUCUCUUCUCCCCCUCUUCUUUCUCCCCUAUCUUCCCCCUCUGAAAAAUAUGCAUUCAUUCACAGAGAAUGUUUACCGUUGCCACAUUUUAAUGCUAGACCAAACUGCAGUUAGGUUUGAGGGAUAACAAUCAGCUAGUUUUACUCUGUAGGGAAACUGAUAUUGAUAUCAUAGCACAUAUGCUGCAUGCUAAAGGAAGAUGGCAGCCUGGGUUGCUAUUAAACCGAUGAUGGUGUUGCAAUCAGAGCUGUUGAUAUGAAACCUGUCUGGCUUCAAGACGAAAUGAGAAAGGACAACUGUAUUUGGUGCUAGGUGGGAGUCAGCUUUCUGAUGUGCAAUUCUCCUGAAUACUAGAUUUGAUAACCUCAUGGGCCACGUUCAGUAUGUGUUAACUGUAAGUGGCUUUGGAUAAAAGCAUCUGCAAAAUGACCAUAUUAUGAUGAUAUAUUUGAACGCUGCCUGGCGUCCAACUGUGAGCAAGCAAGGGAAGAAGCCCUAAAGCUAGGUGCUAUGCAGGGGGCGUCCUUCAUAUGGCACAGGGAGAGAGAGACUGGUGGUAGGAAGUAGGAAGUAGGCAAGGAGAAGGGACUGACCUCCCAACAAACCCAUACCCUUAAUUACAGUACAGAGCUGCCAGUAGCCUAGAGGGGGGCAGUCAAUUAGCGCUAGGUAAUGGGCUUAUGUGACAAAAACCACAAUGGUCCUCUGUAGCUCAGUUGGUAGAGCACAGUGCUUGCAACACCAGGAUAGUGGGUUUGAUUCCCGGGUCCACCCGUACAUAAAACAAAUUAUGUACGCAUGACUGUAAGUUGCUUUGGAUAAAAGUGUCUGCUAAAUGGCAUAUAUUAAUGCAAUUGUAAUGUUCUCUUCACAAUGGAUAUUCAGUGAAAAGCAUCUACAGUACAGUCUGGCCUAAACAUGUCCCUGAAGACUACAAUUAUAAUUUCAUUUAAGUUUGAUGUGAUUGUUUAUUUGUUAAAUGUCAUGAUUACAGAUAAUUCGUUUAUCAUAUGUUUGAUAUUUCAGGUUAUAUUGUUUUAUAUUAUUAUUUAAUUCAGUUCAUUUUGUUUCCUUCCCUUUUUGUUUUCUAGCGUGACUUCUGCAAAGCUUGUCCACCCAGUUACAGAUCCUCUAACAGUCAACCCUGUUACAGUCAACCCUGUUACAGCCAACCCUGUUACAGACCCGGUCACCCCAGUUACAGACCCGGUUACAGACCCUGUAUCAAACAGGUAAUAUAGUAUACAUUGCUGUGGGCUGGAUGGAUGCUUUGCUCUACCUUGAUAUUAAGCGUAAGCCUCUUCAUCUGUCUUUCUGUGGAGAACCCCAGCUCUGGAAGUCCUGCCUAUAUCUCUGUCUCAUUAAGUCUGUCCUACUAUUAACUGUAGGCUGUGCGUGCUGUGUGUUGGAUUGCCUGAUAUCCUGCUAUGCAUUGCUAAUGCCAAGAUGUGCAAGAUUUAUUUGUGCCGUACGAUUUGUCUUUAAGCAUACUUAAUAGAAAAAUUUACCUUAGCUCCCAUCACGAAACGACUAUAUCUUGUGUCUGUGUGUGUGUGUGUGAGCGCAAUGUGUAAAAUAAAUGUCUCCAAGCCUGAAUCAAAUGAUAUAAUUGUUCCUCUCAACGGGCUCUACCAUUACCUCUCAGAUAAUGAUAUCCUCAGUGUUCACAGACUGACACAGUCAGAAGAGAUGGAGAGGGUGUGGGAGGGAGAAGGAGAGGAAGGUGGAGCCAUACAGACGGCGAGAGAGAGAUAAUGGGAGAAAGACAUGGGAGAGAUAGAGGGAGGAAAAAGAGAACAAACAGAUCUAUAGAAAGGGAAAAAGAGUGUAUGAUCUAAGCAUGAUUUGAAUGAGUCACUCUUCAGUUCUAUUGAUGUUGUCACCAGGACUGAUGGCAUCCACUCAUACAGGAGUCAGUUGCCCCGCAAUUCAAAGACCUAUUCACUGGGCCUGCCUCUGACGCACGUGGAAAUGCUUGAAAUGCGCACACACAUACAUACACACACUUUAAUGCUGGAAAGCCUGAUUGGAGACAAGUGUUGGAGUUGGAGACUUUCCAAGCUCAGCUGAGAAGAGUGUAAUUUAAUAUCUGUUAAUAUCACUCAUUCCCUCAUUCUCUCCCAAAUGAUUGAAUUAACUCAUGAUAAUCCAUGUGGCUUGGAAGGUCACGCACGGUUCACCAGCCCACAGUAACAUAAUUUGACAAGCAUUUAGGAAGUACCCCGGGCAUGCGUUGUAUAAAGGAAUUUAAAGCCACAAUCGAGGUUAAUCCAGUGAAAUGGGCUGUGAAGACAAUUAUCCACUUCGAAGAUAAUGACGUCUAUAUAUCUAUCUAGCAAUUCACUAUAAAUUGGUUUUUAAUGUUGAUAUACACUGAGUGUAUAUCUUUCCAUGACAGACUGACCAGGUGAAUCCAGGUGAAAGCUAUGAUCCUUUAUUGAUGUCACCUGUUAAAUCCACUUCAAUCACUGUAGAUGAAGGGGAGGAGACAGGUAAAAUAAGUAUUUUUAAGCCUUGAGGCAAUUUAGACAUGGAUUGUGUAUGUGUGCCAUUCAGAACGGGGUAUGGUAGUAGGUGCCAGGUGCACCGGUUUGAGUGUGUCAAGAACUGCAACGCUGCUGGGUUUUUCACACUCAACAGUUUCCCGUGUGUAUCAAGAAUGGUCCACCACCCAAAGGACAUCCAGCCAACUUGACACAACUGUGCAGAGCAUUGGAGUCAUCCCUGUGGAACGCUUUCAACACCUUGUAGAAUCCAUGCCCUGACGAAUUGAGGCUGUUCUGAGGGCAAAAGAGGGUGCAACUCAGCAUCAGGAAGGUGUUCGUAAUGUUUUGAACACUCAGUGUAUUUUUAAGUAUGUAUGUAUCAUUGUGUGUAAGUGAACAGCAGUCAUUGCUAUCCUAUUUGGGGCCUGGCCUUUGUGUUUUUGAACACUAAGUUGAACUGAUGUGUAUCUGUGAAGUAACAAUGCCCCUACGUUCACAUGUCUAUGUCACAUUGACAUACCGGUCAUAACAAUCCUGUUAUUACCUCCUGUCCUGUCUGACCAGUCCUGCAACGUCCCUGCACGCAAGCUUAAUAUACAUGAUCCAAUCAUAUCACAGGCUCAGUGACGGACAUACAGGCUGACCUGUUUAUAUGGAGGGUUGGAGAGGGGAGAAAAGAAGAGAGGAGAGGUGAAGAUUACAGUAGAGGAGAGGAAUGGGGUAAGCGAAAAUGUAGGAUCAUAUUUGUCAUACUUCAGGGAAUGAUAGCUGGCAGGAGAGGAGAGGGGAGAAGACGGUGGAGUAGAUUUUCAUACCGUAUCUGUUACCAGAGCUGAAAUCAGCGGUGUACCCUCACGUACAAGGUGUUUGUUCCUGUGAGGUGGUGACCUAAAACCCAGCUUUAUUAUCUCUCAGACAGACCGAUAGAGAUAUUCUCUCUACCCCCCCCCUCCACGCUCCAGAUUCUGUCAUUUCCCCACACAGUAACAUCAGCAUUCCCCUGGAACCACAGAAUAUAGGCCACUGCUCAGAGACAAAACGGAUCUGAAUACAACUCUAGAUGUAUCAACUCUGCAAAUAGGAAGAUUUAUAGGUGAGUUUAGCUUAUUUUUUGCUGCCGUUGUUAUAAGCGUUAAAGCCUUUAUGGUGCUGGGUAGUUUAGCCUGGGGGACCUUGAACUUUCCUGCAUUUGGUAUUGUCCUUCCACUAGACUGGGACAUACACUUUGAGGCCGUUCAGUUUGUCAGGCAAAGUUGUCAGGCGAUUUAAAGUGGUCCGACUUGGAGGAAUAUAUCAGCGGUGACACAGUGAGUAAUUGGUUUGAUUUAUGGGGCCUGCCUCUCCUCCUUUUGCCUCCUCUCUCUCUCUCUCUCUCUCUCUCUCUCUCUCUCUCUCUCUCUCUCUCUCUCUCUCUCUCUCUCUCUCUCUCUCUCCUCUUUCUCUAAGGGCAGGGUUUGGCUCUAACAGAGAUGGACUCUCAUUGUGGUUGGAGUUUAAACUGCCGAACCGAUAGAGCUAUACAGGCUUGGCCGUUAGGCAGCUCAUUCGCAGAGCAAUCAGUGUCACACACACAUACAGUGGGGAGAACAAGUAUUUGAUACACUGCCGAUUUUGCAGGUUUUCCUACUUACAAAGCAUGUAGAGGUCUGUAAUUUCUAUCAUAGGUACACUUCAACUGUGAGAGACGGAAUCUAAAACAAAAUUCCAGAAAAUCACAUUGUAUGAUUUUUAAGUAAUUAAUUUGCAUUUUAUUGCAUGACAUAAGUAUUUGAUACAUCAGAAAAGCAGAACUUAAUAUUUGGUACAGAAACCUUUGUUUGCAAUUACAGAGAUCAUACGUUUCCUGUAGGUCUUGACCAGGUUUGCACACACUAAAGCAGGGAUUUUGGCCCACUCCUCCAUACAGACCUUCUCCAGAUCCUUCAGGUUUCGGGGCUGUCGCUGGGCAAUACGGACUUUCAGCUCCCUCCAAAGAUAUUCUAUUGGGUUCAGGUCUGGAGACUUGCUAGGCCACUCCAGGACCUUGAGAUGCUUCUUACGGAGCCACUCCUUAGUUGCCCUGGCUGUGUGUUUCGGGUCAUUGUCAUGCUGGAAGACCCAGCCACGACCCAUCUUCAAUGCUCUUACUGAGGGAAGGAGGUUGUUGGCCAAGAUCUCGCGAUACAUAGCCCCAUCCAUCCUCCCCUCAAUACGGUGCAGUCGUCCUGUCCCCUUUGCAGAAAAGCAUCCCCAAAGAAUGAUGUUUCCACCUCCAUGCUUCACGGUUGGGAUGGUGUUCUUGGGGUUGUACUCAUCCUUCUUCUUCCUCCAAACACGGCGAGUUGAGUUUAGACCAAAAAGCUCUAUUUCUGUCUCAUCAGACCACAUGACCUUCUCCCAUUCCUCCUCUGGAUCAUCCAGAUGGUCAUUGGCAAACUUCAGACGGCCUGGACAUGCACUGGCUUGAGCAGGGGGACCUUGCGUGCGCUGCAGGAUUUUAAUCCAUGACGGCGUAGUGUGUUACUAAUGGUUUUCUUUGAGACUGUGGUCCCAGCUCUCUUCAGGUCAUUGACCAGGUCCUGCCGUGUAGUUCUGGGCUGAUCCCUCACCUUCCUCAUGAUCAUUGAUGCCCCACGAGGUGAGAUCUUGCAUGGAGCCCCAGACCGAGGGUGAUUGACCGUCAUCUUGAAUUUCUUCCAUUUUCUAAUAAUUGCGCCAACAGUUGUUGCCUUCUCACCAAGCUGCUUGCCUAUUGUCCUGUAGCCCAUCCCAGCCUUGUGCAGGUCUACAAUUUUAUCCCUGAUGUCCUUACACAGCUCUCUGGUCUUGGCCAUUGUGGAGAGGUUGGAGUCUGUUUGAUUGAGUGUGUGGACAGGUGUCUUUUAUACAGGUAAUGAGUUCAAACAGGUGCAGUUAAUACAGGUAAUGAGUGGAGAACAGGAGGGCUUCUUAAAGAAAAACUAACAGGUCUGUGAGAGCCGGAAUUCUUACUGGUUGGUAGGUGAUCAAAUACUUAUGUCAUGCAAUAAAAUGCAAAAUAAUUACUUAAAAAUCAUACAAUGUGAUUUUCUAGAUUUUUGUUUUAGACUCACGGUGGAAGUGUACCUAUGAUAACAAUUACAGACCUCUACAUGCUUUGUAAGUAAGAAAACCUGCAAAAUCGGCAGUGUAUCAAAUACUUGUUCUCCCCACUGUACACACAGCUGCACCGUUUCGCCUCUUAACCCGCGCAUUAAUCCGACAGAUUGAAGUUGAGUCCCAGCCUCAUUUGUGUAGUCUUCUGGUUGUUUUUCUCAUUUCCUCCUCAUCGCUCUUGCGCUCAGAGAGAGAGGGGGAGCAGACGCAGCGCGUGCUCGCGCUCGACGAGCGAGAGCGGAGUGAGUGAGAGAGAGAAGGAGGGAGGGACGGGAGGGCGUGGGGCGGGAGUGAGAGAGCGAGGGAGAGAGGCGAGAGAGCGAUGGCGGGGAGGGAGGCGUGGCGGUAGGGACUGUAGGGGAUUGCGGUGCUUUCUGUUGGUUGAGGAUGUGCUAGUGAUUGCUUUCUAGUUCUUCGUUUGUUCUUUCAGUCUUUAUUCUUUUUCUUUCUUUCUUCUUUCUUUAUUUCUUCUUUCUUCUUCUUUCUUUCUUUCUUUUCUUUCUUUUCUUUCUGUUCUUUUUCUUUCUUUCUUUCUUUCUUUCUUUCUUUCUUUCUUUCUUCCAGGCCUAAGGCUCCAGAGCAGGCUCCAUCAGAGGAGAGUGACGGAGUGAAGAAGGAGCGCCCGAUGAGCACCAUGAGCGAGGCGUCUAACUACACAGGAGGGUCAGACUACAGCACCUACCCUGGCAGCAGCCCCGCCACACGGGUGAGAGCUCCAUGUCGGCCUGUACACCCAACCCCAAAUAGACCACUAGACCCAUGCCCUAAGCACUAGUAUAGAUCUGAGAGGAUUAGAAGUUGGUGUUAUGCAAUUAUGGUGCAUGUACAAGGACAGGGUUGGAUUAAUGUACUGUAUCAAUAGUGACUUGGCUAAUAGGGGCCUGUGAGAGGCGAGAUAGAGGUCCUAGUUCUGGGAUGUUAACAUUUUUACAUUUUUACAUUUUAGUCAUUUAGCAGACGCUCUUAUCCAGAGCGACUUACAGUUAGUGAUUACAUAUUUUUUUUAUACUGGCCCCCCGUGGGAAUCGAACCCACAACCCUGGCGUUGCAAACGCCAUGCUCUAUCAACUGAGCUACAUCCCUGCCGGCCAUUCCCUCCCCUACCCUAGACGACGCUGGGCCAAUUGUGCGCCGCCCAUGAGUCUCCCGGUCGCGGCCGGCUGCGACAGAGCCUGGAUUCGAACCAGGAUCUCUAGUGGCACAGUUAGCACUGCGAUGCAGUGCCUUAGACCACUGCGCCACUCAGGAGCAGUGGUCUAAGGUUAAGAGGAGUCUUGUGGAUCUCUCCCAUUUUCUCCAUUAGUUAAAUGUUGUGAGAACUGUAUUAGUCCACAGAGAGAAUCAGAACAGGGACUCUACAUGAGAUAAUAUGUGCUGGAUUAUCCCAGCCCUAUCACAGAGAGUUACAAUUCUCGAAUGGUCACCAAGAGAUUUUAUUGUUUAUAAAUGCUUAAUAGACCAGUGUAUAAAUAUGCAUGCUUUCAUGAAUUAAUGAUCUUUUACUUCUGCUUACACUGACCAAAAGUAUAGCGUGGUGGCCUGUAUUUAUUAAUGAGCUGUAAUUAUUGAUGAGUUACCAUAGAGCCCCACAGUGGAGGUGUCAUAAUACCCAGAAAAUCUAGCGGUCAAACAGGAAAUGGUUCCAAUCAUUUAUCCACCAUUAAUUUUUCCCCAUCGGGGAUUUUAGAAACACUUAAAAUAAGGGUUGUAAUUCGUGUAGGCUUACCCUGGCGUGAUGUUUUGAUAACCAUGUAAAUCUCUCUCGGACAAGGUGAUUUUUAUCAAUAUAUUCACCUGGAACCCCCCAACUACAAAUACCAUGAUGAUCUGGAUUGGAACCAUUACCCUUUUUGACUGCUAGGUUUUAUGGGGAUUAUGACACACUGUGGAACUCUAUUGUGGGUCCAGCUUACUCUAGCACUGUGACGAGGUGUGAAUGAAGGAGUCAGGCGCAGGAGGUAAAAUACAGAAGUCCAGAGUUUAUUCCUUUUACAUAAAUCAAACGCCCAAAGCGUCAAACGAAACUAUUACAAGGGAAAACAUCCACCUUGGCAUAAACACAGUGAAUAGUAGCUCAACCGAGCUACACGCUCUCACAACAAACAAUCACUCACAAAGACAAGGGGAACAGAGGGAACACUUAUACACAUACUAAUUAGGGGAAUGAGCACCAGGUUUGUGUGAUUGACAAGACAUGACAAGUGGAGUGAUGAGAAUGGGAUCGGCAAUAGCUAGUACUCCGGUGACGACGAACGCCGAAGCCUGCCCGAACCAGCAGGGGGGGGCAGCCUCGGUGGAAGUCGUGACAAGCACUAUGCUCUGCUGCUGUAGGGAUGGAUAGAAGAUUCUAGCAUGCUGUAAAUUAGUCUCUUGCUCUCUCUCUUUCUCUCUCUCUGUGUAUCUGUCUCUCUCUCUCUCUCUCCCUCUCUCAGUAAAGAUGUUCUUGUAGAAUGGGAUAGUUUAAUGAGGUGAAUACUGUACCUCUUCCUUCUGUUGCUUUUUAUCUUUAUUUGUUUAUUAACACCGAAGAGCCAAAUGCAUGUUAACGGUCUUCACCUAUAUUUACUGACAGAGGAGGAUAUUUUGAAUUAAUUUGUAACUCUCCUCCUCUAAUUAUGCAUCUUCAGAAAUAUAUUUGUAUACAGUACCAGUGAAAAGUUUGGACACACAUCAAAACUAUGAAAUAACACAUAUGGAAUCAUGUAGUAACCAAAAAAGUGUUAAACAAAUCCAAAUAUAUUUUAUAUUUGCGAUUCUUCAAAUAGCCACCCUUUGCCUUGAUGACAGCUUUGCACACUCUUGGCAUUCUCUCAACCAGCUUCAUGAGGUAGUCACCUGGAAUACAUUUCAAUUAACAGGUGUGCCUUCUUAAAAGUUAAUUUGUGGAAUUUAUUUAAACAACAUCUCAAUUGGGAUUAGGUCUGUAAUUUGACUAAGCCAUUACAAAACUUCAAAUGUGUUGCUUUUUAACCGUUUUCAUGUAGACUUGAUUGUGUGUUUUGGAUCAUUGUCUUGCGGCAUGACCCAGCUGCACUUCAGCUUCAGUUCACAGACGGAUGGCCUGACAUUCUCCUGUAGAAUUCUCUGAUACAGAGCAGAAUUCAUGGUUCCUUCUAUUAAGGCAAGUCUUCCAGGUCCUGAGGCAGCAAAGCAUCCUCAAACCAUCACACUACCCCACCAUGCUUGACCGUUGGUAUGAGGUUCUUACUGUGAAAUGCAGUGUUUGGUUUUCGCCAGACGUAAUGGGACCCAUCUCGUCCAAAAAGUUGACUCAAGUUUGCCAAAAAGCACCUGGAAGAUCAUCAAGACUCUUGGCAGAAUGUUCUAUGGACAGAUGACUCAAAAGUCUAACUUUUUGACGACAUGGGUCCCAUUAUGCCUGCGAAAACCAAACACUGCAUUCCACAGUAAGAACCUUAUACCAACGGUCAAGCAUGGUGGUGGUAGUGUGAUGGUUUGGGGAUUAUUUGAUCUGAAGCUGAAGCGCAGCUGGUUCAUGCAGCAAGACAAUGAUCCAAAACACACAAACAAGGCUACAUAAAAAUGGUUAAAAAGAAACAAAUUAGAAGUUUUGGAACGGCCUAGUCAAAGUCCUGACCUAAUCCCAAUUGAGAUGUUGCGGCAGGACUUGAAACAAGCAGUUCAUGCUUGAAAACCCACAAAUGUCGCUGAGUAAAGAAGUUCUGCAUGCUAGAGUGGGCAAAAAUUCCUCCACAGCGAUUUGAGAGACUGAUCAACAACUACAGGAAGCAUUUCCUUGCAGUCAUUGCAGCUGAGGUGGCACAACCAGUUAUUAAGUGUAAGGGGGCAAUUACUUUUUCACACAGGGGAAUUGGGUGUUGCAUAACUGUUACCUAAAUAAAUAAAAUGAGUAUAAUUUUUUGUUAUUUGUAAACUCUAGUUCCCUUUAUCUAAUAUUAGGUUUUGGUUGAAGAUCUGAUAACAUUCAGUAUCAAAAAUAAAGAAAAUCAGAAAGGGGGCAAAUACUUUUUCACGGCACUGUAUAUUAAUUAUUUUACAUACAGUAUACUGACGAUUUGUCCAUUUACAUUUUCAGCCUUCGAGGUCUUCCAAAAAGGUCCAUAACUUCGGCAAGAGGUCCAACUCUAUUAAGAGGAACCCCAAUGCCCCGGCGGUCAAGAGCAACUGGCUUUACAAACAGGUAUUGGAAAGUUGUACAUCGUUUGUAUUUCCCAGUAUAGAAGAACUUGACUAAAUUACUUCUUCAUUGCAAUUUACUCUUAAAAUGGUCUACAGAAUAGCAGAACCUGAGCAAAUCAAAUGGCUGAUUGCAGUGUGUAUGGCAAUGAGUGGUUGUUGGUGGAAGUGUGCAGCAUACACAGCCUUCCGCAGUGGGUUGAUGAGAGUCUGUGCGACAGGGCUUUGUGGGGAUAGCCACCUGCACAUGCACACACACGUGUACACACACAAACACGCACACAGACACUCAAAGGGAACUCGACAAUCUCAUAGGGGUUUAAUUACAGCUGCAAUAAUGGACACAUGCAGAUCUCUUCAGCAGCAGCGGUCAGCUGUGUAGCAUCACACACACACACACGUCUGUUAUGUUAUCCAGUUAUCUAUAUAACAGGGACAUCCUCAUCCUCAUUCACAUUCAGAAAGAGACACAUUCACUUUGAAUCUGUAUUCCCAGACAGUGAAUUUUAAUCAGAUUGGUUUUGGGGAGAGUUUGACCUCAUCUCUUGUUAUCUGGCAAUUGUAUUCAAUCUAAAUGUUGAUGCAUCAUUUUGUCAUUCUCAUUUAAAUAGCCUGAGUCCUUUGUUUUAGUUAUUACUGAUAAGGUGGCCUGGUCCCUCAAGCAAAGUGACAAUCAUCCUUGAUUGGAUGUACAUUUCUCUCUUUCUUUCUCUCUCUCUCUCUCUCUCUCGAUUAAUCAGGUCACUUUACAGACUAGCUCGACCAACCUUGUGGUGGCUGGGCUAUUUUGCUCAUUAUCUUUUGACCUGUACAGUGCAACUUUAGCAUUUCCUCUCACUCCCCAAGCUCUGGCUGUGGGUCAAUUUGUCAAUGUGUCUUAAGAUCCCCUAGCGCCCACCCACCCACACACACACUCACUCACUCAUUAAGAACAAUCAACAAUAGCAUCACUCAGUUUCCAACUAGAGUUGAACUGUUGUCAAUAACCUUUCUCCUUCCCUCUCUACAAUGCUAAAUUCCCCUUUAAAAGCUGCAUUGAUUCUCUCUCGAAAGACUUGCCUUUUCUCCUUCUCAAACCUGACAACCAAAGCCUUCUCUUAAAGGAUAAAUAUUUUAUUUAAGAUGGCAAGGCUUUUCUUUUAUGCCUUUGUACUCCUACUCAUGCAUCAAAAGAAGCUGAAUAUAAAGACAAGAAAAACAACAAAGCAGUAUUAGAUUAUUUAUGUUAUGAAUAAAAAAGAAAGGCGACGUUGGAAGAGAAGCCAUUAUUGUUACAGAGAAAAGUAUGGAGCACAUUAUCUAGAGAGUAAAGCUGACUAAAGCAUGCACACACACACACACACAGCUAUAAAAACAGAAAGGGGAAACUUGUCUGGGAGUUAUUAAGAGAUAAAGAGGGCCAAUUUGCUUCAGUGGGAGGAGAUAGCUGUGGUUAAUUAAACCGUCUGGGAUCAGAGGGAGUGUGUACGUUGCUUCCUGAACUCCGUGACAGUCUUGGGUUUGGCCACUCAGAUCCGGAGGGACAGCAGGGUGUGCAGGAUUUUGUUCUAGCCCAGCUCUACUUACGCACCUAAUUCAACCAAUCAAGGUAGGUCUAGAUGAAAAGCAAGGGCAGCCUAUAGGUAUCCAGGACCAGGAUUGAGGAACACUGCUCUAUGCACUAGAUUUGAUAGCAAAUGCUUGAAUAGAUGUAAGCAAUAUGGCAAUUGUCAAAAGUCUCACCUAGCUUAUCAGAGGGCAAGGAAGAGCUACUACCAAAUGUUUUGCUCUGUCUCAGUAUCUGACUGAUGUCUCCUAUCUUCUGUUUCCCUGUAGGACAGCACAGGGAUGAAGCUAUGGAAGAAGAGGUGGUUUGUGCUGUCUGACAUGUGCCUGUUUUACUACAGAGGUGAGACACAUACACACACACACACACUCAAAACACAACACACGAUCAAAGUCUGAGUAUAGGACAUCUACCAGGUGCUAGCAGUAAAGUGCAAACGUAUUUGCUGCAGACGUAGACAUAACCCAAUUCUCCCAGGUUUCAGAGAGUUUCAUUUCCAUAAAUUGUUCAAUUAAACGGUCCCGGAGUGCAAUCAGCUAGCUCUUUCAUGACAUGCCCAGAGGGGAAUUUCAUGUGUAUUGGCAAACCAACAGACGAGAGAAGAGUUCUUAAGAGUGUUGAAGUGCUAUGCUUUCUGAUAACAACAUCUAUCUCUCUCUCACUCUCUUAUCUUUUUCACUCACUUCAUUUUAAGUUAAGUGCUGUCUGUCAAUGAGUUUUCAGAGGAAAGGUUUUGACUAGGAAUUGUGUCUAUCUGAAGGCAGGAAUGAAAGAUGGUGUUGGGGGAAUGUGAAUGACCCUGUCCGAUUGACUGAUGGUUCUGAUCUGGUCAGGAUCUCUGUCGCCACAUAAUUAUCAAAUCAAAACAUAUCAACACAUCGCUUAAAGGUUAAGGUCACCGUGCUUCUCCUUUGUAGAAUCUAGUGAACCCCAUUCAAAUCAAAUCACAUCUUAUUGUUCACAUGCGCCGAAUACAACAGGUGUAGUAGACUUGAGAGUGCAAUGCUUACUUACGAGCCCAUUCCCAACAGUGCAGUUAAAAAGGAAGACAAAUAUUUGCUAAAUAAAAAGGAAAUAGUAACACAAUAAAAACAAUAAUGAGGCUAUAUAGGGUGAAUAUGCAGGGGUACGAAGUAGGUCAUUGAGGUAAUACAGUAUGUACAUGUGGGUAGAGGAGCUGCUUUCAGAAGAAGAAGGAAGUGCUGCUUUCAGAAGAAGGAGGUGCUGCGUUCUCAUUUCAUCUUCUCUGUCUCUCUCCCUCUCCCCUCAGUUAAUAAUGCAGCAGCAGUAGAGAGAGAGAGGCAGACGCAGGGAUGGAGUGCUGCAGGGAAUUCUGCUGUACUUGCCUGUUUAAAGUAAACCCUGAAGCUCUGUUGGUUUUGCUGCAGUCAUGCUGCACUCUACAGAUGGUGUGUUACAACCCAGCUGUACGUAAUGCUCUGAGCAGUAGAGGGAUUGAUUCCAUCAUUGUUUACUUGUCUGUCUUUGAUGCAGUAGUAUCACGGUUGAACGCUAUCACACCCAAGUUAGUGUGUUUGUUUACCAAGUUGCACUGUUAGGAUUCAAUUUGACUGUGAAAUGAUAGAUGAUUGGCAAAGCGGCCUGAGGAGAAACGUUUUUGUUCUUCUGUCUGUUUUGGGUACCCUACUGUGUAACAUGCUGUAAGCCCGGGAUUUGGUGGUUCUUAGUGAAAAAAUAAAGUGAAUGUCCCGCCAUGCUCAACCCUCCCUGCCAUGCUUUGAUAAACUCCAGUUUAAGUGAUCCUAUCUGAGACAGUUAGCCCACCUAGACCAAAGAUAAAGGUGCCUACGAAGUUCUGACGCAUUUUGUGUCCGGUACAGUCUGUGUCCUGUUAGCAGCUUGCCGAGCCAUCACACCCUGUCCAAAGAUAAAGGUGCCUACAAAGUUCUGACGCAUUCUGUGUCCGGUACAUCCUGUGUCCUGUUAGCAGCUUGUCGAGCCAUCACACCCUGUCCAAAGAUAAAGGUGCCUACAAAGUUCUGACGCAUUCUGUGUCCGGUACAUCCUGUGUCCACUAUCCUGUUAGAAUGCUGAUAGUUCCCCUCCUCUGAUCUCUCCCGACUUUCCCCCACCAGAUGGACCAUAAUGUACUAUUCCAAAGCCUGUAUCAACAUUAUAAACCAUAUCUGACUAUUCUUCUUCUCUGUCCUGUAGAUGAGAAGGAGGAGGGUAUCCUGGGUAGUAUCCUGCUGCCCAGCUUCCACAUCUCCAUGCUGUCUGUCGACGACCACAUCAGCAGGAAAUACGCCUUCAAGGUCAGUACUGUACACACACAGUCCUAUAAAGGACGCCGCGCUUCCGCACGUAGACGUCCUAGGUGGUUGCAAUGCGGAGCCCGAAAAAUUACUUGGGGAAAUCUUUUUAGGGGGGUACUUGUUUCCGAAAAUCCUGUUACUGAAGGCAAAUCUAUAAUCCUUAACUCCUUGUCCGUUGGUCCGGAUUGUAUAAUGUGUGGAUAUCUGUAUAGAAAGUGUCUGAAUCUAAAUUUUCUCCAAACCGGCACCUAUAACCCGACUGUGACAGUGGUAGGCUACGCGGAACCACGUCUUCCCACUAUCUACCACAGCAGAGUUAUUGCUUUUUGUAGUGAGUUAUUGUAGUGCUAUGUAUCAACAGCCAUUGUCAGACAAUCUAAUAUGGGUAGGAAGUUAUGAUGUGCUUCGAUUGGUCCCCCCGCCCACUCCGCUUCCUUCCAUUGAAAGUGAAUGGCUUCCGUUAUUUCACCGCGCUAUGCUGCUUUGUAGUAUAAACACACUAACACACACACUUCUCUUCGCUUUUGGUCUUUCCUUUCAGAGAAUCUCUGAAAAUGCUUUUGUAUAUGGAGAGCUCUUUAUGUGUAGAUCCAUGAUAAAGUCAAAUGAUUUUCUAGUCUCGGUAGGCAAUAGGAGCAAGAUGGACAGAGAGAAAAUACUGAAAGAGAGACACAAUGCUAUAUCCACCUUCUGAGCAUGUUAGCCUCACAUACUCUUUCACACAAGUCAUCACUGUAAGCGCUGAUUCACUCCUACACAUUGACGCCAUCUAUAACACAGUAACAAACCCAUCCGUUCCCAAAUGGCACCCUAUUCCCUAUAUACAGUGAGGGAAAAAAGUAUUUGAUCCCCUGCUGAUUUUGUACGUUUUCCCACUGACAAAGACAUGAUCAGUCUAUAAUUUUAAUGGUAGGUUUAUUUGAACAGUGAGAGACAGGAUAACAACAAAAAAAUCCAGAAAAACGCAUGUACAUAUUUUUGCAUUUUAAUGAGGGAAAUAAGUAUUUGACCCCUCUGCAAAACAUGACUUAGUACUUUGUGGCAAAACCCUUGUUGGCAAUCACAGAGGUCAGACGUUUCUUGUAGUUGGUCACCAGGUUUGCACACAUCUCAGGAGGGAUUUUGUCCCACUCCUCUUUGCAGAUCUUCUCCAAGUCAUUAAGGUUUCUGUCACGAUCGUCGGGAACAGAGGACCAAGGCGCAGCGUUGAAGGCAAACAUAUUUAUUAAUUGAUGAUCACGAACAAAAACAACAAACGAUAACGUGACGUCCACGGUCUAACUCAAACCACACUGGAACAAGAUCCCACAACCACUGUGGGAAAACAGCCUGUCUAAAUGUGGUUCCCAAUCAGAGACAACCAGCAACAGCUGACACUCGUUGCCUCUGAUUGAGAACCACUCUGGCCAACAUAGAAAUUCAACAACUAGAAUAUCCAAAGGAAACUCACACCCUGGCUCAACAUACAAGUGUCCCCAGGGCGUGACAGUUUCGAGCCUGACGUUUGGCAACUCGAACCUUCAGCUCCCUCCACAGAUUUUCUAUGGGAUUAAGGUCUGGAGACUGGCUAGGCCACUCCAGGACCGUAAUGUGCUUCUUCUUGAGCCACUCCUUUGUUGCCUUGGCCGUGUGUUUUGGGUCAUUGUCAUGCUGGAAUACCCAUCCACAACCCAUUUUCCCUCAUUAAAAUGCAAAUCAAUUUAUAACAUUUUUGACAUGCGAUUUUCUGGAUUUUUUUGUUGUUAUUCUGUCUCUCACUGUUCAAAUAAACCUCCUAUUAAAAUUAUAGACUGAUCAUUUCUUUGUCAGUGGGCAAACUUACAAAAUCAGCAGGGGAUCAAAUACUUUUUUCCCUCACUGUAGUACACCAGCCCCGGUCGAAAGUAGUGCACUAUACAGGGAAUAGGGUGCCAAUUGGGACACAGCCUUAGUGCCAGUUCUCUGCCUCUGCAGCAGGAAACAAGAGUAGUACUCAGCUUGGAGUGUCUCCCUGUCGCUCAUAUUUAUGGUCCCAAGCCUUAGCAUAGGUAAUUAAAGUUAGCUACACAGCCUUGGAGUGGUAGGGAUGCACACACACAUUCACGCUCAGACACACAGGCGCGUGUGCAGUGUGCACACACACACAGACAGAUGCACGCACACACACACCUCUUCCAAAGAAGGUGAUGUAAACACUCCCUGCAGUCUUGCCAAGGUCACCCCUCACACUCCUCUGUCUUACAAACUCUCCCUCUCUCCCACCCUCUCUCUCUCUCUCUCUCCCUGCUAGGCGACCCACUCCAACAUGAGGACAUACUACUUCUGCACAGACACGGCCAAAGACAUGGAGUCCUGGAUGAAAGUGAUGACGGAUGCAGCCAUGGUCCACAUAGAGCCGAUCAGGAGGUGGGCAGACCCAGAGAGAACCGCCCACAAACCCAAAUCCCUUCUAUAGUAACCAGACUUGAUUGCUUGACCUAUGGCAUUUAAGCUACCAACUGAACCGUGUAAUCUACCAACAGUGAUUGCAUUUGUUUUGUAAGCAAACUGACAGCCGUGAGUGACUGCAGUAUUUCUUGCAGAAGCGAGAAAUCGCAUCAAUUUAGAAGACAAUUACCAGAUGUUGUGUUGAAGAUGCAUAGCUGGGAACAAGAAGCUAUAGCUUAAGGGUUAUACAGCACAGCAAUGGUUUCCAUCUUCACUGCCUCCAGUCAAACUUACUUUCUUUCUUCUGUUGAUGUGGCACAUCAGAGGCAACAAAAUCGAAGCCUUAGUUCUUCUUGCUUCUGCACUUCACACUCAAUACAACAAAAUACCUUUAGUGCUGUUGGUAAUUGCAGAGUUUUAGCUGCGAGCUGUUUGUGAAGGCUUAUCGACAUGGGCAUUCAAUGAUUUAUACUCUGGAGAGACUCAGACCGUAACACCGACUCUUCACAGUCCUGUAAGCACAGCACACCAGCAGUCCUAUCUUCAUCAUUGUGGUAUGAUGCUGUGGAGGUAUGUCUGUAUGUCUGCACAAGUUACUUCAGCACUGCUCUCAUCUUAAAGGGAUGAUGUGUGGCACAAACACACACUCAGGCCACUGCGUGCUUUAAUUACACAGAACUACUGUGUCUGUGAACUCCAGAGCCAAAGUCUGGCAAUAGAAAUUGGAAAUACUGCCAUUACUGUACCUUUACCUCACUGAGAAAUACUAGGAAAACCCCAGGUAGAAAUACAUAGAGGUACUUGAGCAUUAGAUUAGCAGUCCCAAGUGGCCGUCACUGUGACUUGUCCCUGAGUGCAGUAGGCGGUAAAGGACUGCGGCUAGCCUAGAAUUGAGCCAUUUUCCCCUGGAUUACCAGACCUGUUAAUGGCCUUUCUGUAACAGCAGUGGAUGGCUGCUCUGUCAAAGUAGCCAUGUCUCACUGAGCCCUCAGAGUGCUGUGGGCGGACAGUGAUGUUUUAAAAACCUCUCACUUUUCUUCCUCUUCUCCUCUCUGGUCCCCCUAGGCAGGCAGGCAAGCAGGCAGGCAGGCAGUCAGGCAGACAGUCAGGCAGGUUGGAGGAGAGGAGAGGGUAGCAGUAGAGCCCUAAGCCUGACACCCACACAGCAGGAGUCCAUUGUUAGAAUGUGAAGAUAUGUUUUGCCUGGUAAUGGCUUAUUGGUGACAUUGUUCUUUAUCUUCAUCUUUUGAUAAUUCUUCUGUCUUUUUUUCCUUUCUCUUACCGUUUCCAAUCCCUCUCUCGCUCUCUCCCUCCUUUUCUCUCAUCCAUCACUCUCUCUCCCUCACUUCUCUCUCUCUCUCCAUCCUUCUUCUCUCUCUCCCUCCUCUCUCUCUCACUCUCUCCCAGACUGGAGAAGUUGAAGGUGGACCGCGGCGGUCCCCAGGAGGUGAACAAUAUCCUGAACCACAACCGGGUGCUGACUCGACCGGAGAUCCAGAACAACGAGAGGAACCGUGAGCCGCGCCAUCCCUCCCUCACCCGCAGCAUGGACCGCACGGACGGGGACAGGAAACACAAAGACCCCGAGAAACACAACACCCUCCAGAGAGAGAGGGAACGCUACACCCUGCAGAAAGACGGAGAGAGAUACUCCCUUCAGAAAGACGGGGUGAGCUACACGCUACAGAGAGACGGAGAGAGGUACCUGUUGCAGAAAGACGGAGAGAGGUACGCCCUGCAAAAAGACGGGGAGCGGUAUUCCUUGCAGAAAGAUGGAAGCGAACGAUAUGCUGUGCAGAAAGAUGUUCAGAUGGAGAAAUACGCACCUCAGAAAGACGGGGAGAAGUACUUGGUACAGAAAGAUGGAGAGAGAUAUGCACUGCAAAAAGAAGGCGAGAGAUACACCCUCCAGAAAGAUGGACAGAAAUACAACCUCCAGAAAGGGGUAGAGAGACAGGCGUCUAUGACUGAGAAAGAUUGGUCAGAUCGUUAUGGGACCCUUGAUGAAAGACAGAAGUAUAAAACCCUACGGGAAGGGAGUAAGUGUGGUACCCUGAGGGAUGGAGAUAAGUAUGGGACACUCGAUAAGUAUGGUACCCUUAGGGAAGUGGAUAAGUAUGGAACCCUCCGUGAAGGGAACAAGUAUGGAUUCCAGAGGGAUGGCAGUGCUGAGAGGCCUCUGACUAAGAUCAACAGCAUCAAGCUCCAACCAGCCCAGGCAGCAGCCAUCGCAGCAGCAGUUACAGCCUCCCGCCAAGGCCAGGCCUCCCAGCACAUGGCCCCACCACAGAUCAAUGGCUCUGGGGAGCGGGCUGGAGACCACAGCCCAGGGGAGGUGGUAGGUACGCUGGGGAGAGGAUCAGGAAAGACCCAGGACCCGCCUCAGAACCAGACCCAGAUCCAGCAGGCCCAGGAGCCAGAGAGGGGUCUGACCAGAACCAACUCCAUGAAGCAGCUGGAGAACUGGGUUAGGACCCAGAGAACACAAGAGGAUGACGAUACCAGG